AUGUCGCAUGAUGCCUCAUGGCCUCCCGUCUCACCUCAUGCCGCACUCCUCAGCUCCCCCAGCGGGCGCAAAAAGUACGAAGCACAUCGAAAUGGCCAGUCGCCCAUAAAGCGAUCUGGAACGGCAUCCAGCUUGGUUGAUAGACUACGGGCCGUUCGUAGCGGCCACGAUCGGUCGUCCCAACGAGAGGACAUGGAAGAUGAUGCCGAGGAAGACGAGGAGACACUGCAACUCAAGCUUGCAGCCAUUGAGGCCAAGCUGAAGUUGAAAAGACUGCAGCAAACAAAAGCAAGAGCAGGAGAUCCCGGUAAUUCCUCACGACCAAGUUCAUCGCAAGGUGUCGGUUCUACAACUUCAAACGCAUUGUCAUCAUUUCAGGGCCCCAUAUCGCGCUCCGCGCAAGUCGAAGUGCAAAAGUCACCCACCAGACGGCCACAGCCAUCUUCACAGCCCAAGUCUCCUUCCCGAGUACUUCUUGGAAUUGAUAAAGGGGUGCGGGGGGCAGAUGUAUCUCUUCGUCGUGCAAAUACCACAGCUGGAGUCAGUCACAAGACAGAAGUUUCAGGUCGAAUCGAGAGGUCGUCGUCUCGCUCAUCGGCAUUCUCAGCUCGAUUGGCAGCUUCCACCGAAAACAGAAAGACAUUCAGUGAGCGCAUGGCCGAAGCCCGCGAGCGCGAGACAUCGCACGAGCAACGUCGCAACCGCCAACGCAGCAAAGUCUUUGACAUCGACGAGAACGAAAUCGAAAAACAUCGCGCACUGGCUCAAGACUCUACCUCUGCACUUGCACAACCCCGCGCUCACUCCCGUCCUCAGCAACCUGAAUACAGCCGAAGCGACAUCAUAAACGCCAGCGACGAACGACAGCUUAAGAAGAGCCGUACUCUGCCCGAUCUCCGACAGACCUCUUCCCCACAACUCCCGGGUGCUACCGACGACGUUCAUCCGCAAGGCGACGCCUCACUCUUUGAAGGCUUCUCCGGCUUACAUCUCACAUCACGUAUCCUCCCACACUCAUUCCUCAGACGUACACUGCCCACUGACCGCUUCACAAUCCUCCGCAUCCCGGACCUGCUCAAGACGGUCAAAUCUCCGUCCUUCGACCUCCCUGAGACGGUAGUCGAUUACGCCAUCUUCGGCAUCAUUGCGUCCAAGUCCUCGCCAAUGGACCAGAAAGCGCCGCAGCCCGACUCGACCACCGUCGGCGAAAGUGACUGGCACCGACAAUGGGACGACGGCAGCCAAAACUCCCGACGCUUCAUGGCCCUCACCCUCACGGACCUCAAAUGGACAGUGGAUCUGUACUUGUUCGGCACCGCGCUUCCGCGCUACCACCGUCUCAGCCCAGGCACGCUUGUCGCGAUCCUGAACCCAGGAAUCAUGCCGCCGAAACGAGGCAAGACCGACACGGGCGCAUUCAGUCUCAACCUGAGCAGCAACGACGACGUCGUUCUCGAAAUCGGCCAGGCCCGCGAUCUGGGACACUGCAAAAUUCUCAGGAAGGACGGCAAGGAAUGCGGCGCGUGGCUCGACGGCUCCAAGACCGAAAUCUGCGAGUGGCAUCUCAAUGCGCAGCUUGACAAGACGCGCGCGAAGCGCAUGGGCGUGAACACGGGCACGAAUGGCUUCGGCGGGGGUGGGGGCGGGAAUCGCGGUGGUAGUGUCGCGAAGGGGAAAAACGGAUUACAGCCGCCUAAAGACGGGCACCGCUUCGACCGGUUCACAGGAAGUCACUUCUACAUUACGGGCGGCGGCGGCCGUGCCGUUUCUGGUGGCACCGGCGGCCCCUCGAUCCCGGAAGGGAACUUGUCUCGCGACCGAGGAGAGCGGGUCCGCAAACACCUCGCCGCACAGGUCAAGGAGAGAGAAAUCGCAGAGAAACUGGGUAGUGCGGGCCACGGGGCCGGGUUCGGCGCCGGGAGCGCGGGGGCGCAGUAUCUCAAGAUCAGAGCAACUAAAAAGCCAGACAACGACGGUACAGCAGAUACGAAACGAGAUCGGAAGCAAGGACGCCCACCUUACCCUCGGACCCGGGAGGAUACACCGCCCGAGUCAGCACCGGGGGUUUCCCGGCGCUCUUCGAAUCUCGUCAUGUCGGAUCUGCCCUCGAGCGCGCUGGUGAAUGGCCGCAAACGAACGGCCGCUGACGUGCGGUUGUCGCCGGUCAAGAAGACGCGUUUCGUGACGGACAAGGGGAUCCGCGAGGCAGGGAGGGAGAGUCUAGGCGUUGCCACUCCGUCUGGAGGGGAUGAUGGUGAGAGCGAGGACGACUUGGAGAUUGUCUGA